AUGAAGUAUUUGAUAUUAGCAUCCGCCCUUGCGGCGGUGCCGGUGCUCAGCUUCCUAGAGCCGAUGCCCGCCGUCGGAUCGCACGAAGAGGUGGAGGAGGAUGCGGUGGCGGCUGUGGAGGCGGCAGCGGAGGUGGCUGUGGAGGAGGCUGCGGCGGAGGAGGAUAUUCUGCCCCUAGUGCAGGUGGUGGAGGGAGGUUACGAAGAGCAAGGAGGGGAGACAGAAGAAGCUUCUCCCGCUACUUAUCAAGGAGGUGCUGCCGAGGAAGCUCCUGAGGGGGACAGUGAGGUUUCAUUGCCUGGACCCGCUCCUUCAGCUCAAGGAAGCUCAUAUCACGGAGGACAAGAAAGCGAAAGCCAGCCAGCCGCAGGAGGAUCUUACCAAGCUCGUGAGGAGGAAACGCCGGCAGGAGGCGAAUCGACAGUUGAAGAAGCUUCGGCACCAGCCGAGACAGUAGAAGAGAAAUCAUCCGCUCCGGAACCGCCGGCAGCUGGUUCGUACAAUGGAGACUUCGGAGGGGAAGUUUCUGGCGGUGAUGCCCCAGCAGCUGAGUCUUUCCGCCACCGCAGGUCUGACAAGAAAUCUGAGCAUGGUACGGAUUGCAAUUCGGAGCGACUGGAGAAGUUGAUUCGAGAGAGCAGUACCGGAACAGCCGAAGAUGCGGUGCAACGUCUGAAGACGUUGCUUUCGGCUAGUAUUCCUGGCGAAUUCUAUGUGGCCUGCGGGACUGAGGACAUCAAGCCGCUUGUGAAGGAGACCCGGGAACACUGUGUCGUCAAGAACCCAACAUUCACUUGCUACGUCGUCAAACAU